AUGAAAGGCAAAAUCGCCCUCGAAGAGUGCUGGACCAUCCCAGAAACCUUCCAGAGCUUCAACCCGAGCCAGUUCGCCGGCAAGGGCGUCAUCGGAGAUGAUCUGAACGCCAACCUGCUCGAUGUUCACGGAAAGCGUCUCCAGGAAAUGGACGAAAAUGACGUCGAGUUCAUGGUCCUUUCUCUCAAUGCUCCGGGUGUCCAGAAUGUUACCGACCCGGCUGCGGCUGAGAAGCUGGCCGAGAUCGCCAAUGACAAGAUCGAAGCCGAAGUCCUGAGGGACCCCAAACGAUUCGCGGCCUUUGCCGCUCUAAGCAUGCAUGAUCCAGCACAAGCCGGGCGAGAACUCCGCAGAUGUAUGUCAGAGAAGAAGGGCUUUGUUGGUGCGAUGCUCAACGACUUCCAGAGCAGUGGACCGGAUGGGAACACGAUGCUGUUCUACGAUGACCCAAAGUACGACGAGUUCUGGAAGGCCGCGCAUGAACUGAAAGCACCCGUGUAUCUUCACCCCCGGACAUCCAGCCCCUUGAUCAAGGAAAUGAUGUGGAAAGGGAGACCUUGGCUCGACUUCUCCGCGCUGGGAUAUGCGAAUCGACUGAACAUGCACACUCUCGGUAUCAUUACCGGUGGCGUUCUUGACCGCUUUCCAGAUCUCAAGAUCAUCAUUGGGCACAUGGGGGAACACAUUCCCUACGACCUCUAUCGCAUUGAUCACAAGCUCGACCGCAGCCGCUUCCCCAACAUGCCGAUGCGGAAGGAUCGGCUCGUUCGCGAUUACUUUGGCACGCAGGUCUUCAUCACCACAUCCGGCCACUUCAGUACGCCAGCGCUGAUAUGCGCCAUGACCGAGAUCGGCGCCCGGAGUAUUUGCUUCUCCAUCGACUACCCUUUUGAGUCUAUUCCUAACGGAUGCUGCUGGUGGGACGAGCAUGUGAGUUCUGUAAUCAAUGAACGGGACUAUGUCGAUAUGGGUAGGAACAAUGCGUUGCAAAUCUUUCCGAGGUUAACUGAAGGUCUGCAUGGCCUGAAAGAAAUGGGCCCAGCAGAGUGUGGAGUUGGCGGGCUCAGGGCCAAGGAUGGAGAAGUGACAUUUGGAAUGUACAACAAGGAUUUCAAUAAGAGGGGAAAGAAAAUAUAUUGA